ACAGCACAAUGUCUAGCUGUACAGCCUCCGCAUAUUCUCGUUUAAAGAUAGAAGCAGAACCUUCGGUUUUGGCCCCCACCACCGCCGCUGGUUUCAUUUUCUAUCCUCAACACGGACGACAAAACCAUCGAACUUUAUUCAUCACGCGUCUGCUAUAAGUAACGGUACAUGGCAAUCUAGAGCACUGCUUUUCGAUCUCAGACUGCAACUACAAACUUAGGAAAGAUUGGAAUUUGGAAGCAAACCCAUCACCCGCUUUUAUAAUCUUGUUUAAAAUCUACUCCAAAUUUAGCAACUUUUGCAUCAACAACAGUAACAGUGGCAAGGAUUUUUUUAACAUGGUUGCGGGUUCUAAUGCUGCGAAGCUCAAUCUUAGAGAAAGUGAGAGCCUUUCAAGAAGCUAUAGUAGCGGCUGUGUAUCAGUUUCGUCAAUGACAGAGCCAAAUCCAGAGACUUUGACAGGGUCUUGCUUAGUUUCGUGCACCACUUUCAAUAUUUUGGCUCCCAUUUACAAAAGACUCGAUCAACAGAAUCAAGGCCUUCGUGAGAGCGAGUUCAGAGCAUUCUGGGUGGCCAGGAACCAGAGGAUUUUGGAUUGGUUGCUCUAUGAAUCUUCUGCAAUUAUAUGUCUCCAGGAGUUUUGGGUUGGAAAUGAAGAAUUUGUGAAUAUGUACCUGGAGAGGCUUGGGGAUGCAGGCUAUAGUACCUUCAAGCUUGCGCGAACGAACAACCGUGGAGAUGGUUUGCUCACUGCUGUGCGAAGAGACUGCUUUAGGGUUCUAAACUAUCGAGAGUUGCACUUUAAUGAUUUUGGAGACCGUGUUGCUCAGUUGUUACAUGUUCAGUUAGCUGCCCCCUUUUCACAAAACCAGAAAGGCAAUGUUCAGCAAGAAAUGCUAAUUGUGAAUACGCACUUGUUAUUUCCUCACGAUUCCAGUCUCUCUAUAGUAAGAUUGCAUCAGGUUUACAAAAUUUUGCAAUUUGUGGAAUCUUAUCAGAAUGAAAACAAACUAAACCCCAUGCCCAUCAUACUCUGUGGUGACUGGAAUGGAAGUAAGCGUGGCCAUGUGUACAAAUUCCUUAGAUCUCAGGGGUUUGUAUCAACAUAUGAUACUGCUCAUCAAUAUACUGAUGCAGAUGCUCACAAGUGGGUUAGCCACCGCAAUCAUAGGGGAAACAUCUGUGGUGUCGACUUCAUUUGGCUUUGUAAUCCCAAUAAUUCACGUAAACCACUAAAGACUAGUUGGUGUGAAGCUGUUUUUGGUAUAUUAAGGCGCCAGCUCCGAAAAGCUUCAAUGGCUGAAAAUGAUGCAUUUGCCUUUUUGAAGGGUGAUAGCCGUGGUGAAGCACUCCAUCAGGUUAAUUUAAUUGGUCAUCCUUCGGGACUGGGUUUCCAGGAGACAAGGGAUCUCUGGAUCCAAGCAGAUGUUGAUGCAAACGGUGUUCUUGAUUAUGAAGAAUUUAAGAAUAGGAUCUGGAUAUCUACAGUGUCAGAGGAAAAGGAAAACCUUAAGGGAAGUAGAGAGGAGUCCAUACGAGGCACACAGGACGCCCUUGGAUUCAACGUGAAGAACGCAGUUCUGUACCCACGUGAGGCGGAGAAGGGAAUAUGGCCUGAAGAUUAUACUCUUUCUGAUCAUGCCCGACUCUCCGUUGUACUCUCGCCAGAAAGGAUGUGGUGUUCUCAGUCAUAAACCAUACUUAAAUUGUUGAUAAACAUAUAGUAGAGCAGAGAGGAAAAUUGCAUAUCUGUAGGGAAUGUGUAUAGCCAACAGAGAAACGUCCCUUCUGGGCUACUUGUGUUUGUGAAUUCAAUUUUCUGGAAGUAUGACCUGGGAAAGAGAGAAAAUAGCAAUUUAGAUUUGGGAAUUUUCUGUAUGAUAUUCUUCAUUCUCGCAACUGUUUCUUGCCAGCCUUAGCCAAAUUUUUCAGGCAAGUAGCUGGAACAUGCGUGCUGCUGUCAGCUGUAGCGUGUUAUGAUUACCAGAAACAACUGGAUUUUUGAAAUCCUAAGUAUGA